GUGCCAUUUUGGGGAGCACUUAUUUCUCAAGUUUUGAACGUUUGCAGUUGUAUUUUUCAAAACACUGAAGUCCUGUAGGACCAGAGGAAAAGAAACCAAGAGAUGAUAGAAAAGGCUUUGUUCUUUGAACGACUUGAUUGACAUUUCGAGUGCCAGCCUCCCCCACCCCUUGUGUUGGACUUUCCAAGGGGGACGCGAAGGUUCAAAUAAAAACACCACUCUACCAUCACUUUUUAAAAAAGUUCUGGCUUCAGAUAAUGUGAGCUUUCUGAGGGCUUCUUCACAUGACUGUUCUCAGUUUUACAAUUGCAGCACAGACAAUGAACCAGCAGUGAAAGAAAAAAUGCGGCCAACUAGCUGACUGCUGUUGACAAAGAUGUUUUCUCUUUGUGAUGGGCAGCAGUGGGAUCUGCAACAGAAAUGAUGGCUGGCUGUGGUGAAAUCGAUCACUCCAUAAACAUGCUUCCUACGAACAGGAAAGCCAACGAGUCCUGUUCUAACGUUGCACCUUCUCUGACCGUUCCUGAGUGUGCCAUAUGUCUGCAAACGUGUGUUCACCCGGUCAGCCUGCCCUGUAAGCAUGUUUUCUGCUACCUGUGUGUGAAGGGAGCUUCAUGGCUUGGAAAGCGAUGUGCCCUUUGUCGACAAGAGAUUCCCGAAGAUUUCCUUGACAAACCAACCUUGUUGUCACCGGAAGAACUGAAGGCCGCGAGCAGAGGGAACGGCGAGUACGCGUGGUACUAUGAGGGCAGAAAUGGCUGGUGGCAGUACGAUGAGCGCACUAGUAGGGAGCUGGAAGACGCUUUCUCCAAAGGUAAAAAGAACACUGAAAUGUUAAUUGCUGGCUUUCUGUAUGUUGCUGAUCUUGAAAAUAUGGUUCAGUAUAGGAGAAAUGAACAUGGACGUCGCAGAAAGAUUAAGCGAGAUAUAAUAGAUAUACCAAAGAAAGGAGUAGCUGGACUUAGGCUGGACUGUGAUGCAAAUUCUGUAAACCUAGCAAGAGAGAGCUCUGCCGACGGUGCAGACAGCAUGUCGGCACAGAGCGGGGCUUCUGUCCAGCCUCCAGUGGCGUCUGCCGUGAGGCCCCUGACGUCAGUGGACGGGCAGCUGACCAGCCCUGCCACCCCGUCCCCCGAUGCAGGCACUUCUGUGGAAGACUCUUUUGCUCAUUUGCAACUCAGCGGAGACAGCACGAAUGAGAGGAGUCACAGGGGAGAAGGAGAAGAAGACCGCGAGUCCCCGUCUUCAGGCAGGGCGCCAGACACCUCCAUUGAAGAAACCGAGUCAGACGCCAGCAGUGAUAGUGAGGACGUACCUGCAGUGGCUGCACAGCACUCCCUGACCCAGCAGAGACUUGCGGUGCCGGACGCGAACCAGACAGCAGCUGAUCUGUCGGGAACUGAUCGGUCAGUAGCAGGGGGCGGAACAGGGAGUGUCAGAUCCAGAAAACCGGACGGACAGUGCACAGUAACAGAAGUUUAAAUAGACGUCUUCAGCUCCGUGCCCAAGGUUGAAUGGCUAGCUGUAAAUUUCUGCCCACAUAACAUGACUCAUCCCUGGUAGUGCAUUUUGGGAGAUGGGUGGGUGUGGGUCUGGGAAGGAUAACCCUGAAAUAAAAUGUCUGAGAUGUCUCUGUUGAGAAAUAAUUAUUUAAGGAACUUCUUGGGUGUUAAUAGCUGAGAACUGUUUAGUAAUAACCCAGUUUUCUCAACAUCUGUUUUCUUUAUAGUUUUUUAAAAACAUUUCUUUAGUUCUUUCGGCCAGUGUGUGUAUGUAUCUGUGCAUUUCUGGUCCUCAUCUGACCCUGGCGUUGUUAUUUUCUGCAUGGAUUGGCAUAGAACUACUGCUAAAAUUUGGCACCUGUGAGACGUUGGCAUCAUGAGCAGGAAGCGUAAGGUGAUGUGGAGACAGAUGUGAAUUUGGUUUAAAGACAGAUGAAUAACACCAAUUUUAUAGUAAAGUUACUGAAAUGGAAAUGUAAAGAAAACAACUAGUAACUUUUCUUUCAGAAUCUUUGUAACACUUCAUGGCAUUCCUUCCCAUAAGCUUUGCUGUCUAGCCCUUGUAGUCUGCAGUUUCUCUUGUCUGCAUUUUUCUUUUUGAUUAAAAAAUUUAUAAUUUAAUAAAUACUAGAGUUUGUCAAAAAUAAUUUGUCCCUGGUUUGAGUCUGGAAGAGUGAUGCAAGUAUUUUGAUACUGUGGCCAAAGGUCAUUGACAAGGUAAAGGUCUGAAUUAACUAUAUGCAGCUUAGUCACCUGCUCAGAAGUUCGAUUUCUUCAUAGAGAAUUCUUAAACAGUAUCUGCAAACAGUGUGUGUGGAAUAAAUAUGGAAAUGAACUUGAA